UUCGAAAAUGCCGUGGAGAACUGCACUGAAAGUGGCUCUUGCCGCUGGAGAAGCAGUCGCAAAAGCGCUCACAAGAGCCGUAAGAGAUGAGAUCAAACAAACCCAACAAGCUGCUGCUCGUCACGCCGCCUCCACUGGACAAUCUGCAAGUGAAACAAGAGAAAAUGCGAAUUCUAAUGCAAAAUUGGGUAUCUCAUUAGAGGAAUCCUUGCAAAUUCUGAACGUGAAAACUCCAUUGAAUCGAGAAGAAGUCGAAAAACACUACGAACACUUGUUCAAUAUCAACGAUAAAUCGAAAGGAGGAACUUUGUAUUUGCAGAGCAAAGUAUUCCGUGCAAAAGAGCGGAUAGACGAAGAGUUUGGACGAAUUGAACUGAAAGAAGAAAAGAAAAAAGAGGAAAAUGCCAAAACUGAGUAGAAACAUUCUUAUUACUUUUCUUGUUCACCGGUAAAACUUUCUGAAAAAUCAGACCUUUUCUCAAUUUUUGUUCAUAGUAGAAUUUUUCGUUUUCGUUUCUAGGAUUCCUUGUUGUAGAGUUUUUUCUGUUUUUCCCGUGUUUUCUUUUAAUAAAUAUCGAUGUUU